AUGGGUAAAAGUAAACGGUCCUUUAAUAGUACUUGGCAUUCUUUACCACCAAGUCAACAUUGUAAUCCUAAUGCUGGUAAUCUAACAAUUCAUGGUUAUUCAGACUGGAAACAUAUAGGCAGUAUGGUUAAAGUACAUGAUAAAUGUGACACACACAAAUUAGCAUUAGCUAAAUAUAAAGGGUGGUGUAAUUCUAAAAUACAAGGCAGUGUUACAACUAUGAUUGACUCACAAAUAAGAGUUGAAGUUGAAAGAAAUAGGACAAUGUUAAAAAGUUUAAUAAGGUGUGCUAUAUAUUGUGCUAGGCAAGAUAUUGGUUUGCGAGGACAUUCUGAAACAACUGAAAUCUCUGAAAUUGUGAAUAAUGAUAUUGCAACAAAAAACAAAGGAAUUUUUUUAGAGCUUGUAAAGCUAUUAUGUAUUGAAAGUCAAACAUUUUGUUCAGCUUAUGAAGCGUUACCAAAGAAUGCAAAAUACACUAGUAAAAUAAUUCAAAAUGAUAUGAUAAGUGCAGCUUCCACAGUGAUUGCUCAAUCUAUUUUAAAAGAAGUACAAGAAGGUAGUAAAAUAUUCAGCUUAAUUGUUGACGAAGCCAGAGACGAUGCAAAAUUAGAGCAAAUGAGUAUUUGUAUUCGGUAUGUACAUAAUUCAGUGAUAAAAGAAAGGUUUUUAGGAUUUGUUGAACUCAAAGAAUUAAAUGCUAAUGCCCUAAGCUGUAAUAUUAAAUUAUUUUUGAAUAAUUUUGGACUAGAUUUGAAUAACUGUGUAAGUCAAUCUUAUGAUGGAGCAUCAGUUAUAUCUGGUCAGUUCAACGGAGUUCAAAAAAAAAUUAAAGACAUGUCAGGAAAUUUGUGUCCAUAUAUAUAUUGCCAUGCACAUAAAUUGAAUUUAGUUUUAGUUGACGUUUCAAGAAAGGUAGAAGAAGUACAUGAUACUAUAGGUCUCUUGGAAGCGGUUUAUGCAUUUCAGUCAUCAUCAACACUAAGGUAUCAAGUAUUUUUUGAUAAAACUGGGUCGAAAAUCCUUAUGCACUGUGACACACGUUGGGUAACAAAAUUUAAAAGUAUUCGUUACUUUAAAAACAACUUUACAUUAGUAGUAACAGCAUUAAAAGAGUGUACUGAAAGUUCAAAAUCUAAGGAAGCUGCUGAAGCUAAAGGUUUAUUAAUUCAAAUGAAUUCUUUAAAAACUAUUGUGUUACUUUUUUGUUUGGAUUAUAUUUUGUCUUUACCGUUGUGCAAAAUUGAUCAAAUCCACUAUGGAACAAUUGAUCAAUUUAAGAGGACGCCACACCACCCGUAA